AUGGCGCAGUUUAAACAGAAAGCCCCCCGGGGUUGGUUCACGCCUAGUCCCGCCAUGAUAGCGUUCUACAAUGCAGAAUAUCUCAAAGGCGGAAGAAAUAUACAGCCCUACCCCCAUCCUGGAAACAAUGGGGAGAAAAUUGAGGUGCAACAAGGCCAAGGGGGAGAGAGCGAAGGGGAAGAGAGCGAGGAGGAGGAAUUUAGAGAUACUUACGAAGAAUAUAUCGAGCAACAGAACACAAAACUUGCAGGGUGGCUGGACGGACUUCAACGAGUGGGAUUGGCCACGGCAAGUGAAACGGAGGAUGAGGACGACGAGCAUGAGUUGGCCGAAGAAGCUGAGUUAGGUGAAGGAGUUGAGCUGAGCGACGAAUACGAGAAUGAAGAGGGUGAGGCUACCGAGGUGGAGUUGCUCAAGGAAGACGAGGGCGAGUCUCGUGACAAGUAUAUUUGGAAGCUUCGCCAAUACCCUUCAGGAGGGGGGAAAACAAAACCAGGCGAAACAGUGCCACCAGCCAACGUCUGGAGAAUCACACGCAUUUCUCGGCCAACGGAGCGUCAACCCACUCCUGACUACGAAGAUUCUCAGCAGUUGAAACGGUCACCAAGUCCUGAUUACGAGGAUUCUCAGCAGCUGGAACGGUCACCAAGCCCUGACUACGAGGAUUCUCAGCAGUUGGAACGGUCACCAAGUCCUGAUUACGAGGAUUCUCAGCAGCAGGAACGGUCACCAAGCCCCCAAUCCACGAUGAACUCAACAAUCAGCAAUUCAACAGGUUCCCUUCGCCCAAAGAGACGUCGCGUUGAUUCGGAGGAUGACGAGUACUCUGAUGAUGAUAAUCGUAAGCGCGCCCGCGCCAAAAGGGCAAAGAUAGGAGGAGGUUCAAAGAGAUAUGUCAACAGAAACCCUCCAUCCAAAGCCAAAGAUGUCCUCCCAAGAUCAGCUUCUCGAGCCAAGAUCGAGCCCAAGGUUAACUCCAAACUUUCCGCUGAAGGGAACGCCACCCAAGGAGAGCCUGAUGGUCCAAAGCCCAAGAAGAAAAAUGGCGCAUGGAGUGAAGAUGAGCACGAUGCUCUGUAUCAGCUUAUAAAGGCGCAAAGAGAAUAUGAGUCGGAAAACCCUACAGUAAAGAGGCUGAGAGACGAGAAUUUGUACAACGCCAUGUCUGCUAAACUCAAGGAAAUGGGAAUUGAUAGAAGCCCCAGUGCCGCCAAAAACUAUUGGAACCGUCAUGGUAGAGCCCUAAGCGAGUUUGACGAGCGGAUCGGAGUCAAGAUCAACACCUCCCUAACAACUUCAGCCCAAGUGCCGAAAUGUCGGACCAAAACGACUUAG